UCAGCAGGCUGUAAGCUUGCUCCUGCGCGUCCCAGCGGUGGUAGAUUUUAGGUUUCGAAGGCUGGUCGCGAUGGCUAGUGCCUGCCGUGGCCGUGGCUCUGCUGGGACGGCGCUGUGCGCCGGCGCCGCUCUACUGGCGUGCGUCUACUUCUCCCGCGGCUUGGCCUUCUUCGCCGCGUCUCCUCGCUCGUCGACGGGCGGGCGCCCGCAGGGGCCGCGGGUGGCCACCCACCUCCACAACACCAACGAGGGCGGAGCCGUGCCGUCCGAGGUGACCGCCACCGCGCCGCCCGCGUUUGAGGAGCAGGCCAUCAUGGCCAUCGAGGACUGCAUGUCCCACGGGCCCUCUGUGGAGUCCCUCGCGCGGCUGGACGUGAAGCUGCUAUCCCUCGACCAGCAGCUGGAGGCCGCGAUCCAGCAGCAGACGGGUGGUGACGAGCUGGCGCACCUCAUCGGCGUCAGGCAUAGGGUUGGGACGCUGCGGUCCCAGAUGGAGGCGCUGCAAGGGGUGGUUGCCUACAUCCUGUACAACCCUCAGGACG